AUGCGCCCCUCUAUAUGUGUAUUAAGAGGAGUAUUGCGGCGUGGCGGUCUUUCCCAGUUCUUGAACCAUUUUGUCGUUUGCUUACAACAAAGACCCCUUCCUCGUUUUUAUAACUCUGCUGCAACUUCAUUGCCAGUCUAUUUGAAUAUACCGGAAACACAGAUAACUUCAUUAAGUAAUGGUUUCCGGAUUGCUACUGAAGACUCACAACUUCUCACUACUACGGUAGGUGUGUGGAUCGAUGCUGGUAGUCGAUUUGAAAAUGACAAGAAUAAUGGUGUUGCUCAUUUCCUGGAACACAUGGCUUUUAAGGGUACAAUAAAACGUUCACAGUCAGCUUUGGAACUAGAAGUGGAAAAUAUGGGUGCACAUUUAAAUGCAUAUACUUCACGAGAGCAAACAGUGUACUAUGCAAAAUGCUUUUCGCAGGAUGUAGAUCGCGCUGUGGAAAUUCUUGCCGAUAUAUUACGUAAUAGUCAGCUGAGAAGCGUCGAAAUCGAACGUGAACGUGGUGUGAUAUUGCGUGAAAUGCAAGAAGUUGAGCAGAAUUUGCAGGAAGUUGUGUUCGAUCAUCUCCACGCUGGUGCCUUCGAGGGUACCUCACUUGCAAGAACAAUACUUGGGCCCGUUGAAAAUAUCAAGUCACUGCAACGAGAAGAUUUGGUGAAGUACAUAAAUGAACAUUACCGAGGACCUCAUAUGGUACUAGCAGCUGCAGGCGGUGUUGAUCACCAAAAAUUGGUAAACUUAGGCAAACAGUACUUCGGCGAUUUAGGUGGCGUUGAUGAAAAUUUCGUAGCUGAAUCUGGAAAGUUUGUCGCAAGCUAUCAGGACAUCCGGGAUGAAAGGAUGUCGAUGAUGUUUGGCGCACUAGCCGUUGAGGGAGCUUCAUGGACCCAUCCUCAUAAUAUUCCUUUGAUGGUUGCGAACACGUUGAUUGGACAAUGGGAUCGAACAAAUGCAGUUGGAAUCAACGCGCCGUCACGUUUGGCUCAAAGUUUGGGUUUAAAUGCUCGGGUUCAAUCAUUUCAAGCUUUUAAUACGUGCUAUAAAGAUACCGGUCUAGUCGGCGUUUAUUUCGUAUGUGAACAAAGUGGAGCUCGUGCUGUUGUUGACAGUAUCACGCAGCAAUGGAUCGACUUAUGUGACAAUAUAACUGAGGAAGAGGUGGAAAGAGGAAAACGAUCAUUACUGACAAAUAUGUCUCUUAUGCUCGAUGGAUCCACACCAAUUUGUGAAGAUAUUGGGAGGCAGUUGUUAUGUUAUGGAAGACGAAUACCUAUGCACGAAUUGGAAGUACGAAUCAAUGCAGUCACAGCAAAAACAGUGAAGGAAGUAUCAUCACGCAUUUUCCGGAAUAAACCAAUUGCUUUUACCGUCAUUGACAACUAUGAGUAA